GCAGGCUGCAGAAACUGCUAGCUUGGAAGAGCAGUUACAAGGAUGGGGAGAAGUGAUUUUGCUGACCGACAAAGUUCUUCGCUGGGAGAGAGCCUGGUUUCCUCUGGCCCUGAUGAGUGUUGUCUCCUUUUCCUUCCUGAUGAUCUUCUACUUGGACCCAUCAGUUCUUUCAGGCCUCUCCUGUUUCGUUAUGUUCCUCUGCUUGGCUGAUUAUCUUGUUCCUGCUCUCGCACCUAGAAUCUUUGGCUCUAAUAAAUGGACUACAGAACAGCAGCAAAGAUUUCAUGAGAUUUGCAGCAAUUUGGUGAAGUCUCGUCGCCGAAUUGUUGGCUGGUGGAAACGUCUCUUCACGCUGAAGGAGGAGAAACCUAAAAUGUACUUCAUGACCAUGGUUUUUUCACUUGCUGUGGUUGCCUGGAUUGGACAGCAAGUUCACAAUCUCCUUCUGACCUAUUUUAUUGUAAGCGUCUUGUUGCUGUUUCCUGGACUAAACCAGCACAGGAUCAUUACAAAGUAUGUUGGAAUGGCGAAAAGGGAGAUUAACAAACUUCUCAAGCACAAGGAGAAGAAAAAUGAAUGAAUGCUUAACCACUGUUCACCCUUGUAAGACGUUUCCUUGGGAACAGUUGUGAGAGUUAACGUAUGAUUAAGAUAAUAGAAAUUGUAUUGCUCACUGUUUUUUUUUUUAAUUGGCACUCUGAUGAAGUGAAAAUGUCACACUGGCAGCUGCCGUGGGUUUGUGUCUCUUGCUGUGCUGAUAGAGUUCUGCAGCCUGCAGCUGAUCUUAGGUGGAAGAUCCUGCCUAACCUUUGA